AUGUCAACUCUACGAACAUUAAGAUCGCGCCGUUGCUAUAACAACAUUCGUAGUAACAGGGAAAGAAGAAGAAAUAAUCCUUAUGCCUCUGUUGCUGCUGUAGAUCAAAUGGAAUUUCCUCCCGAAUACAGAGAAUUUGUAGAACAAAUUUUGUUUGGAUCUCC